AUGUUGGUACUAGGGUCUCUUAGAUCGGUGCUGUGGUCCAGUUCCUCAGCAUCGCUUAUUGGUAGGAGGAGCCCUUGUUAUCCAUAUGGUGUCCUAUACCGAGGUUUUUCCCAAACCGUUAGAUCUUGGCAAGACAGUGUGCCUAAAGAUGACUCCAACUUGAAUCUCACCCCACGACUAUUAAAGAUUGUUCCCAAUGAUACCGAUAUUGUGACCCUUGAGAGGCAGGAUGAAUUGAUCAAAAGACGUCGUAAACUUGCGAAAGAGGUCACUCAAAUGAAAAGACUGAAACCGGUUUCUCCUGGUUUAAGAUGGUACCGUUCCCCCAUUUAUCCAUACUUGUUUAAAGGUCGUCCUGUGCGAGCUUUAACCGUUGUUAGAAAGAAGCAUGGUGGUAGAAAUAAUUCAGGGAAAAUUACUGUCCGCCAUCAUGGUGGUGGACAUAAAAAUCGAACGAGGCUGAUAGAUUUCAACAGAUGGGAAGGUGGAUCUCAAACGGUGCAAAGAAUUGAAUACGAUCCGGGAAGAUCGUCACAUAUUGCUUUGUUGAAGCAUAAUAACACCGGGGAAUUGUCAUAUAUCAUUGCUUGUGAUGGAUUACGUCCAGGUGAUGUAGUCGAAUCCUACAGAAAAGGCAUUCCUCAAAGUCUGUUGGAUGAAAUGGGUGGGAAAGUAGAUCCCGCUAUCCUGAGUGUUAAAACUACUCAAAGAGGCAACUGUUUACCCAUUUCCAUGAUUCCUAUAGGUACUAUUGUUCAUAACGUCGGUAUAACUCCAGUUGGACCUGGUAAAUUCUGCCGUUCUGCUGGUACUUAUGCUAGAGUUCUUGCGAAAUUACCUGAGAAAAAGAAGGCCACCGUCAGAUUACAAAGUGGUGAGCAUCGGUAUGUAUCUCUAGAGGCUAUUGCUACCGUUGGUGUGGUCUCGAACAUUGACCAUCAAAACAGAUCUCUUGGUAAAGCUGGCAGAUCAAGAUGGCUAGGAAUAAGACCCACUGUUAGAGGUGUUGCCAUGAACAAGUGCGACCAUCCUCAUGGUGGUGGUCGUGGUAAAUCCAAGUCCAAUAAAUUGUCUAUGUCCCCAUGGGGACAACUGGCAAAGGGUUAUAAGACCAGAAGGGGCAAAAAUCAAAAUAGAAUGAAAGUAAAAGACAGACCAAGAGGAAAGGAUGCAAGAUUAUAA